CGCGCCGCGGCCGCCGCCUCCUCCCUCGCUCCCGCCCGCGGCGGCGGCGGCGCUUCCCGGCGCGGAGCGGCUUUAAAAGGCGGCUCCCCACCCCCCGGCGCACUCGCCGCUCGGGCGCCGCGCGAGCCGCCGCUGCCAUGCCUCCGCGCGCGCCGCCUGCGCCCGGGCCCCGACCGCCUCCCCGGGCCACCGCCGCAGCUGCCGCCAACGCCGCGGGCGCGGGGGACGCCGGCGGGCGCGGACUCCGGCCGCCGGCGCCGCGUCCCUGGCGCUGGCUGCUGCUGCUGGCGCUGCCUGCCGCCUGCUCCGCGCUGCCGCCGCCGCGACCCGUCUACACCAACCACUGGGCAGUGCAAGUGCUGGGCGGCCCGGCCGCGGCGGACCGCGUGGCCGCGGCGCACGGCUACCUCAACUUGGGCCAGAUUGGAAACCUGGAGGAUUACUACCAUUUCUAUCACAGCAAAACCUUUAAGAGAUCGACCCUCAGUAGUAGAGGCCCUCACACGUUCCUCAGAAUGGACCCUCAGGUCAAGUGGCUACAGCAACAGACGGUGAAGCGCAGGGUGAAGAGACAGGUGCGGAGCGACACGCAGACCCUUUAUUUCAAUGACCCCAUUUGGUCCAACAUGUGGUACAUGCACUGUGGCGACAAGAACAGCCGGUGCCGGUCGGAGAUGAAUGUGCAGGCAGCAUGGAAGAGGGGCUACACGGGGAAGAACGUGGUGGUCACCAUCCUGGACGACGGCAUAGAGCGGAAUCACCCUGACCUGGCCCCCAAUUAUGAUUCCUACGCAAGCUAUGACGUCAAUGGAAACGACUAUGACCCAUCUCCACGAUAUGACGCCAGCAACGAGAAUAAACAUGGCACUCGCUGUGCGGGAGAAGUUGCGGCUUCUGCAAACAAUUCAUACUGCAUUGUGGGCAUAGCAUACAAUGCGAAAAUUGGAGGAAUCCGUAUGCUGGAUGGUGACGUCACCGAUGUGGUGGAGGCCAAAUCACUGGGCAUCCGACCCAACUACAUUGACAUCUACAGUGCCAGCUGGGGGCCGGAUGAUGAUGGGAAGACCGUGGAUGGGCCUGGUCGCCUGGCCAAGCAGGCUUUUGAGUAUGGCAUUAAAAAGGGCCGGCAGGGCCUGGGCUCCAUUUUCGUGUGGGCGUCUGGGAACGGUGGGCGAGAGGGCGACUACUGCUCCUGCGAUGGCUAUACCAACAGCAUCUACACCAUCUCCGUGAGCAGCACCACUGAGAACGGCUACAAGCCCUGGUACCUGGAGGAGUGCGCCUCCACGCUAGCCACCACCUACAGCAGCGGGGCCUUUUACGAGCGGAAAAUCGUCACCACGGACCUGCGCCAGCGCUGCACGGAUGGCCAUACGGGGACCUCAGUCUCAGCCCCCAUGGUAGCUGGCAUCAUCGCUCUGGCUCUGGAGGCCAACAGCCAGUUAACCUGGAGGGAUGUCCAGCACCUGCUCGUCAAGACCUCCCGGCCGGCCCACCUGAAAGCAAGUGACUGGAAGGUCAAUGGCGCCGGACACAAAGUUAGCCAUCUGUAUGGAUUUGGCUUGGUGGAUGCCGAAGCUUUGGUCCUGGAGGCCAAGAAGUGGACGGCAGUGCCCUCCCAGCACAUGUGUGUGGCCACCGUGGACAAGAGGCCCAGGAGCAUCCCGGUGGUGCAGGUGCUACGCAGCACUGCCCUGACCAGCGCCUGUGCCGACCACUCGGAUCAGCGUGUGGUCUACCUGGAACAUGUGGUAGCCCGCAUCUCCAUCUCACACCCGCGGCGAGGAGACCUCCAGAUCCACCUCACCUCUCCCUCGGGAACCAAGUCUCAGCUCCUGGCUAAGAGGCUGCUGGACCAUUCCAACGAAGGCUUCACCAACUGGGAGUUCAUGACUGUGCACUGCUGGGGAGAAAAGGCUGAUGGAGAGUGGACCUUGGAGAUCCAAGACAUGCCAUCCCAGGUCCGCAACCCGGAGAAGCAAGGCAAGCUCAAAGAAUGGAGCCUCAUUUUGUACGGCACCGCCGAGCACCCAUACCAUACCUUCAGUGCCCAUCAGUCGCGCUCACGGAUGCUGGAGCUUGCUGUCCCAGAGCCCGAGCCCCCCAAGGCUGCUGCAUCCCCCGCACACGCCGAAGGUCCCGAGGAGGAGGAGGAUUAUACAGCUCCUUCCGCCCAAGGCUCUCCUAAUAUUUUACAGGCCAGUGUUUGCCAUCCUGAGUGUGGCGACAAGGGCUGCGACGGCCCCGGUGCGGACCAGUGCUUGAACUGCGUGCACUUCAGCCUGGGGAACCUCAAGACCAGCAGGAAGUGUGUCAGCACGUGCCCUUUGGGCUACUUUGGGGACAUAGCAGCGCGACGCUGUCGCCGAUGCCACAAAGGUUGCGAGACGUGCUCUGGCAGGAGCCCCACGCAGUGCCUGUCCUGCCGGCGUGGCUUCUAUCACCACCAGGAGAUGAACACCUGCGUGACCCUCUGUCCUACUGGUUUUUAUGCCGAUGACAGUCAGAAGAAUUGCCUGAAAUGCCACCCGAGCUGUAAGAAGUGUGUGGACGAACCCGAAAGGUGUACGGUGUGCAAAGAGGGAUUCAGCCUUGCACGGGGCAGCUGCAUCCCCGACUGUGAACCAGGCACCUACUUUGAUUCUGAGCUGAUCCAGUGUGGCCAAUGUCACCACACCUGUCGGACCUGCGUGGGCCCCAGCACAGAAGAAUGCAUUCACUGUGCGAAAAACUUCCACUUCCAUGACUGGAAAUGUGUGCCAACCUGCGGCGAGGGCUUCUACCCCGAGGAGAUGCCGGGCUUGCCCCACAAAGUGUGUCGCAGGUGUGAUGAAAACUGCCUGAGCUGCGAGGGCUCCAGCAGGAAUUGCAGCAGGUGCAAGAGCGGCUUCACGCAGCUGGGGACCACAUGCAUCACCAACCACACAUGCAGCAACGCCGACGAAACGUUCUGUGAGAUGGUGAAGUCCAACCGGCUGUGUGAGCGGAAGCUCUUCAUUCAGUUCUGCUGCCGCACCUGCCUCAUGGCCGGCUAGGGGGUGCCUGCUGC